AUGGCUGCUUCCGAUUACAAGUUUGAGGGCUGGAUGGGCCUUGACAAGAACUCCGUCGGCAACAUGGUCUGGCAGGAGUUCGAGCCCAAGCCCUGGGAGGAGUCCGAUGUCGACAUCAAGGUCACCCACUGCGGUAUCUGCGGAUCUGACUUGCACACUCUCAGAAGCGGUUGGGGCCCCACCAUGUACCCCUGCUGUGUCGGUCACGAAAUCGUCGGUGUCGCUGUUCGCGUUGGUUCCCAGGCCGAGGGUGAUAUCAAGGUUGGAGACCGUGUUGGUGUUGGUGCUCAGAGCGACUCUUGCCGCGGCCGCAACGGUGACUGCGAGGAGUGCGCCUCUGGUCUUGAGCAGUACUGCCGCCACUCCAUGGUUGGCACCUACAACGGCGUCUACCAGAACGGCGGCAAGUCCUAUGGCGGUUACUCCCUGUACCACCGCUCUCCCUCUCGUUUCGUUGUCAAGAUCCCCGACGCCAUCCCCUCCGCCCAGGCUGCGCCCAUGCUUUGCGGUGGUAUCACCGUGUACUCUCCCCUGAGACACUACGGCUGCGCUCCCGGCAAGCGUGUCGGUAUCAUCGGUGUUGGUGGUCUCGGUCACUUCGGUAUCAUGUUCGCCAAGGCCCUUGGCGCCGACAAGGUCGUUGCCAUCUCUCGCAAGAACAACAAGAAGGAGGAUGCUCUGAAGCUCGGUGCUGACGCCUACAUCGCCACUGAUGACGAUGCCGACUGGGCCAAGAACAACGCCCGCUCCCUUGACCUCAUUGUCUCUACCGUCUCUUCCUCCAAGAUGCCCAUGGUGGACUACGCAACUCUGCUCGACCUCGACGGUUGCUUCGUCCAGGUCGGUGCUCCCGAGGACGGUGCCCUUGAGAUCCCUGCCUUCGCUCUGAUCGGCAAGCGUGCCAAGCUGGGAGGUUCCCUCAUCGGAGGCCCCAACGAGAUCCGUGAGAUGCUUGCCCUGGCUGCCGAGAAGAAGGUCCAACCCUGGAUUGAGGAGCGCUCCAUGAAGGACGCCAACAAGGCCGUUGUGGAGAUGGAUGCUGGCAAGGCCCGCUACCGCUACGUCCUGAGCAACGAGCUGUAAGCAAC